CGAGAACGACCGAUUCAAGCACACGAUCGUCGUCGUCGGCCGAUUCCGCAUUUCGAUUUCCAGAAAUUGGAGUGCAGCACGAAACAUCUCGUCUAGAUUGUUUGAUCGAUGCCGCUCUGGGAGUAUGGUGAUGCCGAGUGGAUGAUCGAAUAGGCAGAAGUGAUCCAGAGGAGGAGGAGGAGGUGGUGGUGGAAGACAAUCUGGAGCUGUUGGCGGAUGAGUUUCCGGAAGUGAGGAGGAGUGGAAUUCCGGAUUUGGGCACAACGCUGUUGGAGCAGAGCGAGUUUGUCGGGGUUUUGGUUGAGGUCGCAGCAGCAUGGUGGCGGCAUGGCCUCUCUGUGUGGUGCUGUUCGUUCGAUGGAUCUCGACGACAUCGGCUGAGCAGGGCUUUCCGUCUAGCGCAGGAGGAGAGAUGCCCUUCGUUCAAAGCUUUCAAGAACCUAAGUACAAGAUUGAGCUACACCCGGUUGAUUCCCCUCACCCUACAGCACCAGACCAAGAAGUUGUACCAAUGACCGACAGGGAUGGACGGAGGUACAUGUGUGCCCUUUCAGAUCCUCAUGUGACCCAAAAUGCCAAGAAAGAUGAAGGUCAACAAAAUGGGAGCAGUAUUGGCUUGGUCACCGAUGCAAGGAGUACAAGAAAAACUCCUGAUGAGUUACUGUUAGCAUUGAAGGACAAAUGUUCUCGUAGGCUUGAGGGAUGGUGGAGGUAUGAGCUUUGUUACAAAGAAGAUAUCAGACAGUUUCAUGUCGACACCACUGGCAAGAAGGACGUCGUUACUCAAGAGUUCACUCUUGGAAAAUAUGACGAGGAAGCAACUGCAGCUUUGCAUCGGGACAAAAAUGACGCAUUUCUGCAGAAAGACCCUCGCUCUCAAAGUGCUGCCCAAAGAUACCACGCACAUUUGUACACAAACGGGACACGAUGUGAUCUUACGAAUGAGCCAAGGCAAACUGAGGUGAGGUUUGUCUGCUCAACAGAGCCGGGGAAGGCAUUUAUAAAUUCCAUCAAAGAAGCUCCGAGCUGUAAAUACACCGUUAUAUUCCACGUGCCUAUGCUUUGUGACCACCCACUAUUUCAUGAAGAGCAGCCACCAUGGGUGAUGAUCCACUGCAAUGAAGUUGCAUACGCCGACAAUGUACCAGAAGAAGAAGUGGAGACUCUACCCAGUGACUUACUUUCUUUGACGGAGGAUGCCGAGAUAAAAGAAGUCGUUGAGACGAGCUAGUUCUGAAAAUCUUAGAAGAUGAUGAUCAUGCAGGAGAAGCAGUCAGUGUCCUGACAAUAUUUUUGCAAGUACGAAAUAAAAUCUUUUAGAGAUGCUUGUAAUCCCACAACGCUUAAUUCUCAAAGACUAGUGUGUCCUCUCUUAGUACAGACAACCAAUCUUUGGUUCUCAGCUCCCAAUUGUACCUUUGAUUGUCCAUACAGUAUUUCAAUCUAGAGAUUGAGUUGAGAGUGUAUAUUUAUGGUGCGGGAUGAUCAAAUAACAAUUAUCACCAAUAAAUCAGUUGCCUCAUAUUUUUGCC